GUGAUUUUUGCACUUACAUAUUCUGUUCAUUCAAUUUAUUGAACGUCAAUAAAAAAAUAAGAAUACUGAGAAGAACAUUUAUUUCCCUUUUAAUAAUUACUUCUUAACAACCACUUUUAUAAUAUGGUAUUGAUAUCUUUAAAUAAAUAAUUUAAUGUACAGAGUAAAAAAGAAUAUGUUCAAAAUGUCAGUUUAUAGCUGCAUCUCGUACUUGAUGAUUUUUUACAACUGAUUGUAUGAGAUGUUAAUUUUGUAUACGAAUUAUUAACAAUAUAUCUGUAUUGUAACUGUAAUGCAAGUUAUACAUGUAUAACUAAAGGAUAAUGCUUUAAAAUCCAUUAGUUUUAUAUUUUCAAACUAUUCUCAAAAUGGUCAUCCUCUCUAGAAGUUACUCUUUCCCAAGACAAAAUGGUAUAGAUGAUACGAUUAAAAAUGUACAAAAAAUUAUGUUCUAUGUAUAAAUUAUUUGCGAAAAUAAAAAGAAUGCUUUUAUUUUUCGACUAUCCCGCGAACUUAUCGAAAUGCUUGGAUGUUUCUGCACAUUUCGAGAUCCCAAAAUAGACUGGCUAGCUUGAUGCAAAGUCACUUAUGUUUUCUACGCGAAGUCGAGACUCUUCGCGAAAGACGGUUGAGAUCAUUUCUUUGGCAGUGUUUGCGCAUAGAUCACUGAAUUAAAUUCGAGCGCAAAGAACGCUCUGAGCAAAGCAAUUCAUUAUCAACACUAAUCGAGUACUUCGUCAACCAUGUCUCAACAAAGCUCGGGUGCUGCAGCAAAGUUGGAGGAGAAAAGUACGGAAAAGUAUAAGAUCCUUCAAAAUGAUAAAGUGGGAAGAUAUAUGGUAGCAAAUAAGCAAUUAGAAGCUGGCGAAGAAAUGAUCACAGAGAUGCCUUUUAUCGUUGGACCAAAGGCAUUCACUUAUCCCUUGUGUCUUUCGUGUUAUACACCAUGGCCUCCAUCGACAAACGAUAAACCGCUUUGUUCAAGAUGCGGAUGGCCUGUUUGUUCUACUGAAUGUGAAAACCAACCUCAACAUAAAGAUUACGAAUGCCAGAUAUUUGCACGGGCCAACGAAAAGUUCAACGUGCAAGCGGCCUUGGAAGAAACGAAUGAGAAUGGUGUCCCACAAUUAGAAUGUAUAACGCCAUUAAGAUUGCUCCUAGAGACAGAAAAGAAUCCUGAGAGAUGGAACAAGGAAGUGAAAAAUAUGGAGGCACAUAAUAAAAUAAGAAGCCAAAAGGAACACUGGAAAUCCGACCAUGUAAAUGUAGUAGAAUAUUUAAGAAAACAAGUUAAACUAGACAGAUUCUCGGAGGAAUUUAUUCAAACGAUUUGUGGAAUUUUGGAAAUCAAUACUUUUGAAAUUCGAACACGGAAAGGAUAUAGUGCGAGAGCACUUUAUCCAACAGUUGCUCUUAUGAAUCACUCGUGUGUCUCGAAUACUUGCCAUAGCAUUUCACCGAGUGAUUACAGAAUACGAUUGCGUACGACCGUACAAGUACCACCGGGUGGUGAACUCUACGGAAGUUACACUCAUUCGUUACUUCCGACAAUGCUCAGAAGAGAACACCUUCUCGAAGGGAAGUACUUUGCAUGUGCUUGUCCAAGGUGUUCAGAUCCUACUGAACUUGGCACACACAUGUCUUCAUUGAAAUGUAACAAAUGCGACAACGGAAUCGUCAUGUCUUUAGAUUCUUUAGAUCCCGACAGUUUAUGGAAAUGCACGCAUUGCGAAUUCACAACGUCGGGACCAGCCGUUCGGAAGGUGUUGCACAUUAUACAAGCAGAAGUCGAUGUGGUGGAGACCAUCAGCGGUGCCGAUGGAGCUGAUGCUAUUCAAGAGAGAGAGAAGGUCAUAAAGAAAUACCACUCUGUACUGCAUCCUCGCCACGCUUUUCUGACUAUGUUGAGACACUCAUUAACGCAAAUGUAUGGUCGCGUUGAUGAAUAUCUCCUAGAUGAUUUACCGGACGUUGUAUUAGAGCAUAAAAUCGAUAUGUGCAGGUUACUACUGCAAGUAUUGGACGUCAUAGAACCUGGUUAUUCUCGUAUAAGAGGUAUGACGUUAUACGAGCUCCACGCACCGUUGUUGUUCACAGCAAAAACACAAUGGAACGCCGGAGUGAUCGACGAGGCUGCACUGAAAUCAAAAAUGAUAGAAGCUUCAAACAUUUUAAAAGAAGCAGCUACGAUCUUAUGCUUAGAGCCACCGGAUACGCCUGAGGGUGAAAUAGGUCUCGUUGCGAAAGAAUCGUUAAUUGAACUUGAACAGUCGAUCAAUAAUUUAUAAGUAUUUAUAAUGUGAUUACAUUAACACUUGUAUAAAUGUAUUUAUUUGUUAAUAAACGAAUGUGACUAAUAAAUGUAUAAUAUAAAUAA